GUGGACUUUGAAAUAUCCGAGACCGAAUAAAAUAAUUGAACGCACCACCACUUGAGAUGGACUCUUACGACCUAUGGGACCUCUGAAGAAUGGGAGUCCCUAAAUACAUCCAAUUAUGCACCGACAUGUCACCAAUUAUUCCCACGUGUGGAUUGAGCUUUACUCUCUGUAGUCCACGUCGUCUUUCGCACGUGCCAUGACUCUCUCUCUCUCUCUCUCCGUGACGCUUUUUCCUCCUUUCUUUCCCUCUCCUCCUCCUCUCCCAGUUUCACUGUCGUCGUCUCUUUUCCCAUGAAAGCUUCCUUAAACUGAGAUCUCUGAGAGAGAGAAAGAGAGCUUUCCGUUUCUUCAAAAGCUACGGUGCCUCGUUCUUACGACCUUUCAAGGUCAAGCGAGGUCCGAGCUCCAAAAAUGGAGUCGUGUGAUUGUUUUGAGACGCAUGUGAAUCAGGAUGAUCUCUUAGUGAAAUAUCAAUACAUCUCGGAUGCGCUGAUUGCUCUUGCCUACUUCUCGAUCCCACUCGAGCUUAUCUAUUUCGUGCAGAAGUCUGCCUUCUUCCCUUACAAAUGGGUGCUCAUGCAGUUCGGAGCCUUCAUCAUCCUCUGUGGCGCCACUCACUUCAUCAACCUUUGGAUGUUUUUCAUGCACUCCAAAGCCGUCGCGAUCGUGAUGACUAUCGCCAAAGUCUCCUGCGCAAUCGUGUCGUGUGCGACCGCGUUGAUGCUGGUUCACAUCAUCCCUGAUCUUUUGAGUGUCAAGAACCGAGAAUUGUUUCUCAAGAAGAAAGCCGACGAGCUAGACAGAGAAAUGGGUCUCAUUCUAACCCAGGAGGAGACUGGACGGCACGUCAGGAUGCUUACUCAUGAGAUCAGAAGCACUCUUGACAGACACACUAUUCUACGAACCACUCUCGUCGAGCUCGGCAAAACUCUUUGCCUCGAGGAAUGCGCCUUGUGGAUGCCUUCACAGAGUGGUCUGUAUCUGCAGCUUUCUCAUACUCUUAGCCACAAGAUCCAAGUCGGAAGCAGUGUGCCGAUAAAUCUGCCAAUAAUCAACGAACUCUUCAAUAGCGCUCAAGCAAUGCACAUACCUCACUCGUGCCCCUUGGCUAAGAUUGGGCCUCCAGUUGGGAGAUAUUCACCUCCCGAGGUUGUUUCCGUCCGUGUUCCUCUUCUGCAUCUCUCGAAUUUCCAAGGCAGUGACUGGUCUGAUCUCUCUGGCAAAGGUUACGCUAUCAUGGUACUGAUUCUCCCCACGGAUGGUGCAAGAAAAUGGAGAGACCACGAGUUGGAACUUGUCGAAGUCGUGGCGGAUCAGGUGGCCGUGGCUCUCUCACACGCUGCAAUUCUGGAGGAAUCCAUGCACGCCCGUGACCAGCUUAUGGAGCAGAACUUUGCUUUGGAUAAGGCUCGUCAGGAGGCGGAGAUGGCAGUACAUGCUCGGAAUGAUUUCCUAGCUGUCAUGAACCACGAGAUGAGGACACCGAUGCAUGCCAUCAUCUCUCUGUCUUCCCUGCUUCUUGAGACUGAGCUGUCUCCAGAGCAGAGAGUGAUGAUCGAGACAAUACUGAAAAGCAGCAAUCUUGUGGCCACACUCAUCAGCGACGUUCUCGAUCUAUCGAGAUUGGAAGAUGGGAGUUUACUCUUGGAAAAUGAACCAUUCAGUCUCCAGGCUAUCUUUGAAGAGGUCAUCUCUCUGAUAAAGCCAAUCGCAUCGGUGAAGAAACUAUCGACGAAUCUGAUUCUAUCUGCAGACUUGCCGGCUUAUGCUAUCGGUGAUGAGAAACGUCUGAUGCAAACUAUUCUCAACAUCAUGGGCAACGCUGUGAAAUUCACCAAGGAAGGCUACGUCUCCAUAAUAGCCUCUAUCAUGAAACCCGAGUCCUUGAGAGAAUUACCAUCUCCAGAAUUCUAUCCAGUGCCAAGUGACAAUCACUUCUACCUAUGCGUGCAGGUGAAGGACACAGGGUGUGGAAUUCACACGCAAGACAUUCCUUUUCUCUUCACCAAAUUUGUACAGCCACGUACUGGAACCCAGAGGAACCAUUGCGGUGCAGGACUCGGUCUAGCUCUCUGCAAACGGUUCGUGGGGCUAAUGGGAGGAUACAUAUGGAUAGAAAGCGAAGGCCUAGAGAAAGGCUGCACCGCUUCAUUCAUCAUCAGGCUCGGUAUCUGCAACGGUCCGAGCAGUAGCAGCGGUUCAAUGGCGCUACGUCUGGCAGCUAAAUCGCAAAGCAGACCGUGGAACUGGUGAUACAUGACUGUGGGUGACUUCCACACAUUGAGGAGAGAUUUUUUAACUACACGCUGCAGCAAGAGAGAGGAGAAUGUGGCCGGAAGGUCUCAUCUUCUUUUAACUUAUUGGAUUUUGUUGGAUGUAAUUUGUAAAUAAAAAUACAUAUUAUAUAUACCGGGAUGGGUAUCUUUCAUCUUUUCACCAACAUUUUAUGGAUCAGAGAACAUGCCACAUCUACUUGUUUAAAGAUGGAUACAAAUCCUCAAGAAAAGAAUAAUCCUUUGUGGUUUUGUGGGAGAUUCUAUAUUAUACCUUUACAAAAAAAUAAAGAGAG